UCUGUCAGGUGAUUCGUCACAUGACCUAAAUGACGUCAAGUAACCAUCAUGUCGGAAAGAUGUUGUCAAGAAAUUAUGUGAAUUCACAUUGCUGCGUUAACACAUAGGACAACCUCAUUGUGAUUCAAGAUGGCAGCCGGGAAAUCCAAACUGCUCAAGGUGGUUCUCCUGGGAGAUGGUGGAGUGGGGAAAAGCUCGUUGAUGAAUCGUUUUGUCAGCAAUAAAUUUGAUUCUCAGUCCUUCCACACCAUAGGCGUAGAGUUUCUAAACAAAGAUGUCGAGGUCAAUGGAGAAAAUUACACCAUGCAGAUUUGGGACACGGCAGGGCAGGAGCGGUUCAAGAGCUUGAGGACCCCAUUUUACAGAGGCGCUGAUUGCUGUCUACUCACAUAUGCUGUGGAUGACCUGCAGAGCUUUAAGAACCUGUCGAUGUGGAAGAAGGAGUUUUUGUAUUACGCUGAUAUUCAGGAUGGGAACUGCUUUCCCUUUGUCGUCCUUGGGAAUAAAGUGGAUGUAGAGAAGCGCAUAGUUUCAGACGAGGAAGCAAUCGCUUGGUGCGGACACAAUGGCAGUAUUCCUUAUUAUGAAACCAGUGCAAAAGACGCUACAAAUGUUGACAAGGCAUUCAAGGCUGCCGUGAAACGACUGCGCGAACUGGAAGACAAAGUGGAAGUUAAGACAUCCCAUGGAAACACAGUGGAUUUACGAAAGAAAGCGAAAUCUAAUUCAGGCUGCUGUAGCUGACAUUCCUCGUUCGGUACAGAUACUUAUACAUGUAUAUGUUUAGAAGUUUUACAAGAAUGAUGUUUGUUAUCUGUGAAGAUGUUGCUGUUGAUCCUGUUUCCAAAAUCAUAAUAUGUCUACAUAUUUUGGAGCAGCUGUUUUAGUGUCUGUACAUGGACAGUCGAAACUGUGCUAUCAUCAUUUACAUGAGUGAUUAUCAGAUGAUGUCCAGUGGCGACUGAAGAAAUGGUUUACGACUUCUAAUUCAUCACUACUAACGAGCCAGGAUAUCCCUCCAGUGAAAUCAUUUAUUUCCUGCACAAUGCUUGUUGGUAUAUAGAUAUAUUGAUAUAUAUACAGAAGACAUAUAUUUUACAAGAUGGUACAUGUGAUCCUACUUGGAGGGUCUUGAGUUAUUGUCAUGAUGUCCCUUGUUUUGAUACAGCUUUAAUAUUGCUAAAAGCUCAGGGAUUUACACGGCUACCAGUUCAUUAGUCCAAGUCUAUUGAAAAUCUGGAGAGACUAGUUGUUUUCUGCCAAAAUUGAGUUUUUGUACAUAAACAAACCACUUCUCUGAAACAAGCUGUUGACUCGUUGGAGAGGAAGAAUGGUGUUACCCCUGAUGCUUCGUAAAACCAUACUCACUUGCUCACUUGAAAUCCUGUUCUCUGUCAUGAAAUUUCAAUUAAUAUAUGAUUCAUAAGAAAUUGCAGCCUGACAGGUUUUCACAGGUUUUGAGCCGAUUAGUAUGAUUUUACGCUGCUUUUAGCAAUAAUUUGGCAAUAUCAUGACAAUCCCUUUUAGAGAUCAAGAUGUACAUAAUUCAGAUAAUGUUGUUAUUUUAUUUAUUACAAUGAACAUAUGUUUCCUUCAGUUAAUCACACCCACCUAGCAAAUGUCCCCUCGGAUGCCAGUAAUAUGGACCAUGAUGAAUAGAGGUGAAUCAGAUUCAUUACAAUAUUGACCACUCAUCACUGUAGGCCUAGCAGUAGACGUUCACUGUGUAUAUGACCAGAUUGUUUCAUAGUGCAUUAAUAUGUUUGCUCAAUCAGCGGCAGAGAUUGAACAUACUCAAAAAUUAAUUUAAAAUUGUAUAUAUUUGAAAUGGAGAAAAGUCUGAAUAAAUAGUGUAACCAAU